GCAGGAGAGGAGAAGACAGGACUGCAGAACUGACGCUAAAGGUAGAGAAGGAACAAGACAGAAAGAGUGAGAGAGAGAGAGAGAGAGAGAGAGAGAGAGAGAGGAGGGGAAGGUGAAUGGAGUUAGCAGGUGAGAAAGACAGCUGUAUUAUAUGAUAAAGAUCUAAGGAAACGCCUGAGGUAAAAAUAAUUGCAUUGUCAAACCUGAGGAGCUCAGGUGAAAUUGUACAAAAGCUUGUUUUAGAAAGAGUCCUCUCAGUUUAGAAGAAACCUCAAGAGCUUUUCAGAUACAGACAAUACAGGGACAGAAAAGGCACCACUUCCCUUUUUUUUAAGUUCAAAGACAAUACAACCACAUGGUAAAUCAAUUUAGGCCAAACCAGAGAUAUAUAAUAAAAUAAGGAGGAGAAAAUAAAUUUAGAAAAAAAAGAGACUAGAAGAGAGAAAAAGACUAGAAAACAAGACAGACAGCCCAGCAGAAGCAGAGUGUUCUGGAACCCAAGCCACAGCGGCGUGACCGAGUCUGAUGCGACUGCUGAGCAAAGACCUGCGUCUCCAGGACGUCACCCUCAUGUAUCUGACUUUGCUGGCCACGCUGCUGGUCAUCCUGGUGGCUUCCUACCAGACGACCGGCGGGCACUCCGCACAGGCACUCCCCCCGCUGGCCUACCCACUGGCCUACCACAUCCCCCUGGAUCCCUCCGGGCAGCUGGAGCUGUCCUGGAACGUCAGCCGCGCACAACAGGAGGUGUACAUGGAGCUGUGGGCCAAAGAGCCGAAGCGUGGGAUCCUUCUGGGGAUGUCUGACCGCGGGGAGCUGACCGACGCAGACCUGGUGCUGCUCUGGAACGACGGGGCCAGGUCCUACUUUGGGGAUGCCUGGAGUGACAGUCAGGGAGUGGUGACCUUGGACAGACAGCAGGACUAUCAGCUUCUGGAGGCCCACCACACACCUAAGGGCUUCUACCUGCUCUUCAAGCGGCCCUUCAGCACCUGUGACCCUCACGACUUCCUCAUCGAGGAGGGCACCGUGCACCUGAUCUACGCCACGCUGGAUCAACCAAUCAGCUCGCUGUCGCAGCUCAACCUGUCCCUGCUGCAGACAGGUGUGCAGAGGGUGCUGCUCCUGCGACCGGACACCCCCUCGCCCCCGCUGCCCGCUGACGGCCGCCAGCUGGACGUGCUGGCGCCAGAUGUCACCAUCCCCGGCCAGGAGACCACCUACUGGUGCCACAUGUUCGAGCUGCCCCAGGACAUGCCCAAGAACCACAUCGUCAUGUACGAGGCCAUGGUCACCCCGGGCAACGAGGCCAUCGUACACCACAUGGAGGUGUUUGAGUGCGCCCCUGACAUGGACCGCGUGCCCGCCUACAGUGGCUCCUGCGACUCCAAGAUGAAGCCGCCCGAACUUAACCUCUGCCGCCACGUGCUCGCCGCCUGGGCCCUCGGAGCCGAGCCAUUUUCCUACCCCACUGAUGCUGGCAUGCCCCUUGGAGGGAAAAGCUCUUCCAGGUUUCUGCGUCUGGAGGUGCACUAUCACAACCCCCUCCUCAUCUCAGGUCGGCGUGACUCCUCUGGCAUCCGUCUCCACUACACCCCGCGAUUGCGGCGUUUUGACGCGGGCAUCAUGGAGCUGGGCCUGGUCUACACCCCCAUCAUGGCCAUCCCACCGCGUCAGAGCACCUACCUACUCACUGGCUACUGCACAGCCAAGUGCACUCAGACGGCUCUGCCUCCAGGGGGAAUCUUCAUCUUCGCGUCCCAGCUGCACACACACCUGGCUGGGCGAGCGGUGCAGACGGUCCUGGUGCGCGGGGGCCGGGAGGUGGAGAUGGUGCAAGAGGACAAACACUUCAGCACACACUACCAGAUAAUCCGGACUUUGGAGAACAUGGUGAAUGUUUUGCCGGGUGAUGCCCUCAUAACAAAAUGCACGUACAACACAGAGGACAGAAACAAACCUACAGUGGGUGGCUUUGGCAUCGAGGAGGAGAUGUGUGUGAACUACGUCCACUACUACCCACGCACACAGCUGGAGCUGUGCAAGAGUCACGUGGACCCUGGAUACCUGCAGAAGUACUUCAGCCUCAUCAACAGGUUCCAUGGGGAUGAUACGUGCACCUGUGCCCAGCCCGACGUGAUGGAGCAGUACAACUCCCUGCACUGGGACGCCUUCAGCGCCGAGGUGCUGGACUCACUCUACACCACUUCCCCCAUCUCCAUGCACUGCAACCAGUCUACCGCAAAGCUUUUCCCUGGUGAUUGGGACAGACAGGAGCUGCCCCAGGUCACUAGCCGGCUCCAGAGGCCACUCUACCCCUGUGAGGUCGGGGGACGCCCUGCCACGCCCCCCUCAGGCACCCCGAUGGAGGUGAAACCUGACCAGUGGUAACGCCCAGGAGUAGGACACCCUUCCUGGGGUCGGCGUGUACACAUCUCCCCCCUCCCCCACUGCUCCUCUGGAGGUUCUGUCUCUGUCAGAGACCAGUCCCUAAUAGGGAAUAUAACCUUGAGGUGGUAAAAAAUGUCUGAAACAGUCAAGAGUGUGUCCAAAUUUAAAAAGCAAUUGUCUUUAGAUAGUGUGAAUAAAUUGUGGUAUGCUGUGUAAUGAUUCUCUUUUACAUGUUACCUUGCCUAAUAGCAAUGCUAUAUGCCCGCUUGUGGUGGUUGGCUCUUCCAUUUCUUUUGCCUGAGGAAGACCCAGCAGGGUCGAAACGUUGCAACACAUUAAAUAUAUGGGAGUUUUA